AGUCGAAAAUCUGUGAAGCACCAGCUGAGGACGCGACAGCAGCAGCGCCCAUGGCUGCUGCCAUAGAACCUACCGAGUUGACUGUUGAAGCUGGUGAGGACCUUCCUGUGCAUGACAUCUGUGAUGGGGAGAUGCCCGAAGGUAAGGAGGUGAUGGUGCCAUAUGCCCUGGCCACCCCUUUGGCUGCUGCUGUCUUCAAGGUCCCCUGGGGGCCAUUCCCUACCCCAGGCUCCUUUUUGCCUGUAGCCAGCUUUUCCAGGGCUGGUCAGAAACACAGGCUGACUCUGCCUUGUGUUCCUUUUUCAACCACUUAGUCUUUCUCCACGGAGUCCAGUCAAUUUCUUUUCUCCUCUUCUCCCAAACACCCAGUUCUUGCUCCCUCAUUCUCUCAGGCUGGCCUUGGACCAUUUAUUUAUGUCUCUUCUUGUCUGUAGCUCUGUUUAUUAUUCUGUGGGAUUUUGUUGAGGCUUUUAUUGGAAUAACUCUUCCUUUUUUCAAUAAAAACUCAAAUACACCAACUUUCCAGUAGCCAUCUCAUUCUUUUUUGUACCUAUCCAGAUGGUACCUAAGUGAAGGAACCAGGUAAGUGCCUAAUUAUUUCCUUCAUUAAAGUAGCUAAAUCUCAGGACAAUUCAUGCUGAAAUAUUUGGGGAUUUCUUUUCUGAAAUCAGUAUGAGGUUGCCAUGGGAGAGAUGAUAGGAUAUUCUUUAUUUUUAUUUUUGAGAUGGAGUUUCACUCUUGUUACCCAGGCUGGAGUGCAACGGUGCAAUCUUGGCUCACCACAACCUCCGCCUCCUGGGUUCAGGCAAUUCUGCCUCAGCCUCCUGAGUAGCUGGGAUUACAGGCGUGCACCACCACACCCGGCUAAUUUUUUGUAUUUUUCGUAGAGAUGGGGUUUCACCAUCUUGACCAGGAUGGUCUCGAUCUCUUACCUUGAUAGGUGCUUAUUUUUUUCUAACUGUAAUUUGAAUGCAAAAGGAAAGAAAAUGGGAGGGUGCUUAAAUAAUUGUGAAAGGUAUGAAAUUUCAUGGCCAGGGCUGCAGAAAAAUGGGUGUUUGUUUUCCUCCAAAGGAGUUUGCCUGUGAGGCUCUGAUGAGUUUAAAAUUCUUACUUUAACACAAAAUGUGUCUCUAGAUUUAUUCUGGUGACUUAACAGACUUUAUUUACCUGCUUGUUCUGAAAGAGAGGUACGGAUGGUUCGUGGUCAAAACUUUCAAAAGACAUGAAACGUCAAUGUAGACUUAACAUGUAACAUAAAUAUUGAAGGUUAAAACUGUGGAAGAGUGUUUGCUGCCAUGGCUCCCCGUUAGUCAUUCCCCCACCUAACAAUAGCAUUUUGUUUAAAGAUAAGAAAGUAAAGCAUAAGAAGCUGGAAGCCAUCGUUUUCAGCAAACUCACACAGGAACAAAAACUAAACCCCACAUAUUCUCUAUCGUAAGUGUUAGUUGAGAACACAUGGCCACAGGGAGGGGAACAUCACACACUGUGGGGUUCAUUGUUGGGUGGGGUGUAAGGGGACGGAGAACAUUAGAUCGAAUACCUAAUGCAUGUGGGGUUUAAAAACCUUGAAGAUGUGUUUAUAGGUGCAGCAAACCACCAGGGCACAUGUAUACAUAUCUAACAAGGCUGCACGUUCUGCACAUGUAUCUCAGAACUUAAAGUAAAAAAAAAAACACACACACACAACAAAACAAAAAAACCAACAUUGGUUGGGCUCUUAGUUUUUUCCAGAGGUAGAAUAAUUAACAUUCAUGAUGAAUGUGACAUUGUAACUUGGAGUACUAUACUCACUUUUCAAGAUGUUUAGGAAUUUUGAAUAAACAAAUAUAUUAUGUGAAUUGAUUAUACCUUUAUACACAAAAUGUGUAAGUACUUGUGUAAACUUAUACUCUGGUUGCUGGUGUAAGGAAAGCCUGUGAGUGAUUUUACACAACAGUUUAUAGAUGGGUAGUGCUGGAUUAGAGAACAAAAAAGGCUCUUUAUUGCUAUUCUUUAGGAUUACAAUACAGUUUAUGUAUGUCUCUUUUGGCCCCUUCCAAUACAAAGAAGGCUUGUGUAUGUUCUCCCUCUGUAUUCCUAAUGAAGAAAUGAAGACAGAGAUCUCACAUGACUAUGGACGACAGCUGCUCAACAGAGCUAAUAUUCUGUGUCUUCAGAAUGUUGUGGAAGUGACAAAUAUGCUGAAUUUACUUUUUAAAAAAUUUUUAAACUCCAGAAUACAUCUUAUACUUUGUAUAUAAAAUAGGCCUUGCUUUUAAAAUGGAUUGCCAUCUUGAUUUAUUUUAUGCAAAGUUGAUUUUACACAAUUUAUAGGGAACAUUUACCUCUUUCUUUUUCUUAAAUAAAACAGAGUCUCACUAUGUCACUCAUGCUGGCCUAAAUUCCAGACUUGGGUUCGAGGGAUUUUCUUAUCUCAUCCUCCUGGGUAGCUGGGAGUACAGGCAUGCACCAGCUUGUCUGGCCUCAUCUUAUUUCUAUACAUUCAUUUCAAUGGAUAAGAAUAAAAGUAGAGGUAUUAAAAUGGCCUCCUUAUUGAAUAAAUGAGUUGAUAAGUUGUUAUAAUGAUCACAUCUUUUUUCUUUUCUCUCUGUAUAGAUAGGGCUUUGGAGUCCCACUAUUCUGAUCAUCCAAAGACAAAGAAAUCUCAGGCAGUUGAUAGAGCUUUGGAGUCCGACCCUUCUGAUCAUCCAGAAGGAAAGAAAUAUCCAGCAGAUGAUAGAGCUUUGGAGUCCGACCCUUCAGAUCAUCCAGAAGGAAAGAAAUAUCCAGCAGAUGAUAGAGCUUUGGAGUCCGACCCUUCUGAUCAUCCAGAAGGAAAGAAAUAUCCAGCAGAUGGUGAGGCAACAUUGUUUUUUUCUACCAAGAAGAAGAGUGAAAACUCUCGUUUGAUGAGGUGUAUAAUAGAAGAUAGAGCUUUGGAGUCCAUCCCUUCUGAUCAUCCAGAAGGAAAGAAAUAUCCAGCAGAUGAUAGAGCUUUGGAGUUUGACCCUUCUGAUCAUCCAGAAGGAAAGAAAUAUCCAGCAGAUGAUAGAGCUUUGGAGUCCGUCCCUUCUGAUCAUCCAGAAGGAAAGCAAUAUCCAGCAGAUGAUAGAGCUUUGGAGUCCCACCUUUCUGAUCAUCCAGAAGGAAAGAAAUAUCCAUCAAAUGAUAGAGCUUUGGAGUUCGACCCUUCUGAUCAUCCAGAAGGAAAGAAAUAUCCAUCAAAUGAUAGGGCUUUGGAGUCUGACCCUUCUGAUCAUCCAGAAGAAAGGAAAUACUCAGCAGAUGAUAGUUCCUUGGAGUUGAGAUCUUCUCAGACAUGGACAUCCCAAACAGAUAGUUCCUUGGAGUUGAGCUCUUCUGAAACAUGGACAUCCCAAACAGCACAAGAAAUAGGAGAAAACAGCCGUAGAAACCAUGUAAGUAAACAGAUCAAAAAGUUUAGGAAUUGAUUGUUUGAUGUAAAAGUAUGUCUGUUUUGAUUACUUUUUAUUAUAAUGGGGACCCAGUGGUGAUAGAGUGGACCUCGUUUCAUGGAUUUUCUGAAUCUCUUCUACUUUCCUAUCAAAUUUAUCCCAAAAAAUCUUCAGCUUAGUGUACCCACCUUUUAAGGAUUUCUGACACGUAAGUUAAAUUUCAAUACUUGGUUGUGGUAUAAAGAUCUGCUUUAAAUAUUUAGUCUUAUUUUUAAUGAAACAACAAAAAGAGCUAAGUUAAUUGUCAGUAUGGUGUAUUGACCCUCUGUCACAGCAGGUGAAAGCUUAUCUUCCUUGCUAACCAUGACCUUAUUUUUCUCCCUCUGUUUCUUUCAAUUGUAGCACACUUUUUAAUUCAAUCAGUAAUAUUGACAUGAUUAUGGCUAUCCACAUAUUAUUCACUGCUGAGUUAUAUGUUGUUUUCACUGUGUCUCUUCAUUACAUAUUACUUCAUUCUUUCUGUGAAACAGUUCUGAAAUCUGAGCACUUCUGCACUUCUUCUGGAUCAUCUUUUUUUCCUGGCCUAUGCUGGUUUAUCCAGCCAAAUGCAAUACGUAGCCUCUGGAUGGUCCGUCACUUUAUUGAAAAAUAAUAAUUGUUAAAUUAUAUUUUACAUAUAAUUUACAUUUCACAUCCAUUAUUUUUUAGCAUGAAGCUGAUUUUCUGACUAUAUUCAUUUGCCUGUUUUCUAACAGCUGAUUACCCACACACACACUCAAGUGUCGUAGCAUUUAUCACAUGCCUUUCAAAGAUAUUUUCCAUCUGCUAAAACAUAUCUGUUCCUCUUUGUUUUUGGCCGGUGGUGGGCAGCCUUUCUUUGGCCUUUUGUCAUCCUAGUUUAGUAUAGAGUGGCUUUACCUAGAUAUACUUGAUCUUUUGGUCUAUCUGUGCUAUCUUUUUAAAGUCUUUUGGGACUCUCACAUAACUGCCUUCUUGUGUGGGAUCACGUGAGUCCUAGAUUCUGUGUGUUUUUUUUUGUCUUGUUAUCCUCUCUAGUUGUACUUAAGCACACGUUCCUGGGCAGAGAUCUUUAGAGAUCUGACCAGUCUUAAAAUUCUUCUUCCUUGAUAGAGAGUAAACUUCUAGGUUGAAUCUAAAUUUUAUGGUUCUGAAGAUAUUCUGCAAUUCUGCUCUUAUCACCUUGUUUUCUUGAAUCUAUUGCCAUUGCGUGACACGUUAUUUAUAACCACGUUUUUAUGUGUUUUUGGAAGCUUUUUUGGAGCUUUUUUAUCUCUGAGAUUCUGAAAUUUUAUAAUAACAGCGUGGCGGGGGAUCUUUUCAUUUUACUGAGGCUACUAAGUCUGCAGAGUCUCUUUUUGAGAAUGUUUUUUAUUUUCUCUGUUCCUUUUUUCUGAUAGUCAUGUUACUCAGGCGCUACACUGCUUAGACCAGUAGACCUGCUUUGGUUUACAAUGUUUUCCCUUUAAUUUUAUAUAUAUAUAUUUUUGGAGAGUUUUAACAUUUUUUUAAAAAGUUUUGCUCCUGAUUUUGACUGGUCCCAUGAAUUUGUGUGUUGUUUUAGUCUCUCUUGUUGGAGGCUUUACUCCAAUGUGUGGUGGUCCCUGGCUUGCUUGCUUGAUUUGGAAGCAGGACUUUUGUUAACUGAUGGCACUCAGUGUGAGGUUGUGGAAGCAACUAGCUUUUCAUUUGGGAGACCUCAGUGUAUUACCUGGGGAUCUUUAUUCAAGACAGUUUAGUUUCUUGAGAAUGUUCUUUUAAGUUUCUGCCUGACUACUUGCUUUCCAAAAGCAGAGUUAGGGAAGCAAGUUGGAGUUCCAUUUUUGGUGUAUAGUUUUCUUUAUGUCUCAGGUUUAAUCUUUGGUAGUUGGGAGCCAGAAAUUCUCAGGUUUGGUAUAUCCAGGGAACACACAUCUAAGUUUCUUAUCAGAUGGGAGAACAGGUGGAUGUGAGUCUCUAACCACAGAUUUUCAACUGACCUUGGUGGCUUUGUUUUACAUUUGCACUACUUUUUAAAGUGCUAUUUGCCUCUAAGUUCACAGCCCACCUUUAGUUCUACAAGACAAACUGCUCGCUUCUGUUGCAGUCACUUUCUCUUUUUUUUUUUCUUUUCUUUUUUUAAGACAGAGUCUUGGUUUGUCACCUGGGCUGGAGUGCAGUGGUGACAUCUCAGCUCACUGCAAUCUUCGCCUCCUUGGUUCAAGCGAUUCUCUGCUCAGCCUCCUGAGUAGCUGGGAUUGCAGGCAACUGCCAUCACAGCCAGCUGAUUUUUGUAUUUUUAGUAGAGAUGGGGUUUCACCAUGUAGGCCUGGCUGGUCUUGAAUUCCAUGGCCUCCCAAAGUGGUAGGGUUAUAGGUGUGAACCUCCUUGCCCGGCCUCCAGUCACUUUCUUUAGGCAUCAUAGUUGUGCUUCUCUGUUAUU